AUGCAAAUGAAUGAUUUUGCAAAACAAGCUGAGAUAAACCAAUUUCUCAUGCUACAUUCCAUGAAAAGUUGUAAUCAAGUUGCCAGCAACAAAGCAAGGGAAGAUGAUUCCGUUUUUGGAGGUGUCUGGGUGUCCCCAGAAGAUGAUGUAAAAAAGAACACUCUUUCUCUAACUGGGACUGAAAUUUGGGGUCCCAGACCAAAUCAAAUCAACGAAAAGAGUAUUAGCUCAGAUAGUAGCUCUAUAAAAAGUACCCCAGCUGAUAUUACACCAGAAGUAAUUUCUGACAAAGAGAGAUUUUUUUUCAAAAAUAACAAUGCAAUUCCCUAUUUUCAAUUUCCCCAUGGACUGAAUCACAGUCAGAAUGAUCAACGCAUGCAACAGUUGUUUGGUGAUAUCAGUCAUAAUUAUAAUCAAAGCAAUAAUGUGCCGCCAUUACAACUUCAUCAGCAGCAACAGUUUCGAUCAGAUAUUCUCCCAUCUGGUGAGGAUAAAUUCAGAUCAAUUUUAGAUGGCAAAUCAAGUGGAAGUUCCAGUGGUCGUGUGUCUGUUAGUGAUCAGGAUUCAGCUAUCUGGGGGAACUAUGCACAGACUUUGAAUGAUCUGAAUAAAAAGUCAAACAAAAAUUCUUCAAGUGAUGCAUCUCAAAAAGACUUUUCUUCUCCAAUUAAUUAUCUUGUUGACUUUCCACCAACAGCCUCGAUCAUACAAAAGGACUUACUAGAGAAAUCAUUCUCAUCCAACAUGACUACACCAUGGAGCACUGUUGUAAAGCAAUCGAUAGCCAAUAACCAAGAAGAUUGGCUUAAUAAGAUGAAGAUUAAUAGUAAUAAUAAUUUUCCAGGAUCAAAUCCUGUUGCUAAAAUGAUGUCAAAAGAUAAUUUGGGACCAUUCCAUAAUUCACCGUGGGAUCAACCAUCGAAACCUCAUUUAUCCCAGCAAUCUACAAAUGUAUGGGGUCUGCCCCUUUCACAACCAACAACAAUCAACAAGCAUCCUGGGUCAAAUCCAACGAACAUAUGGGGACAUUCAAUAACCAAAGACCUAAACAUUGGGUCCCAGUGUCCUGUAAAAUUUGACCCAAGUGUUCCACCACCACCAUUUCCUCAGAAGACACUACCCCUAAAUAAAAACAUCCUCGAUGGUAAAAUGCCACAAAUGAAUAGCAACAACAACACUACUAAUGUAAAUCGAGACCAGUUGCUAAGCCUAUUAGGUAGACCAUUGUCAUCAAUGUCAUCCAGUAGCAUGAAGCAGGUUGGAGGCCUCAACAACAGCAGAGAACAUCAGAACUCAAUGCAAGCAACUUAUCUACAACAACAACAACAGGCUAAUAAUAUUUUUAAACACUUGAACCAGCAGUCAUUCAACAUGGCCGCUACCCACCAAGUCACACCUAUGCAACGACCAAGUGAUUUACAAUGGUCAGAGUUGUACAAGAAGCUUGCUAGGUACAUAUGCUCAUCAGCACAACUUCCUCAGACUAGAAGCAGGAUGAUUCAGUUUUUCACUGCGUUGGGAUUCAAGAAGGAAACAGCAGGAAAGCUUCUGAUAGACAAUGGCCUGGAUUUUGAAUUGACAUUGGGUGAAUUGAUUUUUAAGUCGGCAGUUUCUAGAGGUCUGAUUGAUACGUCCCUACUAUCUCCUGGCCGCAGUCCUCUAGAUCCAUCUAAGCCAAUAAAUUCUAACAAGCAUGGUGGAAUAUUGCAGAAUUAUCUCAUUUCACUGCACGGCAUCAUACAACAGAUGUCGUUUACUCAGAACUGCCAUGACGUAUCAGCAUCUGCUCAGCCUCCUAUCGACUACACCAUACAAGCCCUGAUAAACAGUCAGGAGAGAUUCACCUCUCCGACUCUCUACAUGCCUAACUUCAGUUUCACAAGCAACAACUACAACAACGACCAACUUGUUUGUGGCAGUGCUGGUGGUAGCAGUAGCCUAAGUAGUGGUGUCAUUAAUAACUUAAAGAACCUUAUCUCUAGUAACAACAGUGCCAGUUCUAGUAUCACCGGCAUAAGCAAUGACAGCAGCAAUGUUCGUUCUAUAUUACUUAGCAGUAGCAACAAUGUUAAAGGUAAUAGUGACCUGAAUUUGGGUCUUGGAUCUAACAACAACAACAGGGGUAUGCCUCCGUCAUUCUUCACUACUCCACCUCAUCUUGGCUUGUCAUCUCCCUUGCCCAUCUUUGAUGUUAACUGCAACAAUGAACAGCAGCAGCAACAACAACAGCUAUUGCCACUGCUGCAUCAGCAGCAGUCAAAAUCAUCAAGCAUGUUGAAUCCUAGGAGCCCAGAAUGGGUUCCUAAUUCAAAUUCAAUGUUGGAUUCGGUUGGUCUUGUUAGUGGUUUUGGUGGUAAUGCUAACAGCAGUAUAAUAUUAUCAACAUCCUCUGCCACAUUUGUUUCUUCAGUUG